GAAGCCCAAGAUGGCGUUGAGUCRCAAUAAAAUGUCUGGAUGAAUGGAGUUAAAAAACGAAGAUAAACCAGCCCUUUCCUUCCUCUCACAUUCCUAAAACCAAGUAGGAUGGAUAUAAUACAGACCACGCAGGUUCAUGGAGUGAGUUUAAAAUCUAACCUGGGCAAGAAAGCAAGAGGAAGUCUCUAUGUGACCACCACUCACUUAAUCUUCGUGGAUCCUGAUGGUGUUAAAGAGACAUGGAUUCUUCAUUCUCACAUUUCAAAUAUAGAAAAACUACCCCUAAACACCUCAGGAGCUCCACUUAGAAUUCGCUGCAAGACAUUCCAGGAUGUAACUAUUGUUGUUCCAAAGGAAAAAGAGUGUCAUGACGUAUAUUCUGCGCUAUUGCACUUUUCUAAUCCAGAGAAAAUAGAAGACCUGUAUGCCUUUACCUACUCCCCUCAGACAGAAAAACUAACCAAAACAGCAGGAUGGGCCUUAUUCGAUAUCAAGUCUGAAUAUGCUAGGAUGGGUCUGCCAUCAGACUUAUGGACUUCAACAUCAAUGAACAAUGAUUAUAAGUUAUGCGACACAUACCCAAAUACUUUGUUUGUCCCCACGUCUGCAACAGAAGAAACUAUUUAUGGCAGUUCUAAGUUCCGUAGCAGAGGAAGGCUGCCUGUCUUGUCGUUCUAUCACAAGAGCACCAAGGCUGCCAUCUGCCGAUGUAGUCAACCCUUAGGAGGCUUCAAGGGACGCUGCCCCGAGGAUGAAAGCAUGAUUCAAGCUAUAUUAAAAUCUAAUCCUGAGUCUAAAUUCCUUUACAUAGUUGACACCAGACCAAAAAUCAAUGCCAUGGCAAACAGAGCAGCAGGGAAAGGAUACGAAAGUGAAGACUUUUACGACAAUGUCAAGUUCCAGUUUGUGGGCAUUGAAAAUAUACACGUGAUGAGACAAUCAUUGUACAAGAUGCUUGAAGUUGUAAAUGACAGCCCCAAGUUAUCAUUUGGUGCAUUUAUCAAUGGUUUGGAGGCUAGUAACUGGCUGAAACACAUCAAAUCAGUUAUGGAUACUUCUGUGUUUAUUGCCAAGGCUAUCAUACUUGAGAAGGCUAGUGUUCUUGUCCAUUGUAGUGAUGGAUGGGACAGAACAGCUCAGACAUGUUCUCUUGCUAGUAUCAUAUUGGACCCAUACUACAGGACCAUCCACGGCUUUCAGGUUCUCAUUGAAAAGGAAUGGCUAUCCUUUGGACACAAGUUUACUGAUAGGUGUGGUCUUCUUCAGUCAGACCAAAAGGAGUUCUCUCCCGUCUUUCUCCAGUUCCUUGAAAGCAUCUGGCAGUUACUUGAACAGUUUCCUUUCUGUUUUCAAUUUAAUGAGAGGUUUCUCCUGACACUGCAUGACCAUGUGCAUUCUUGCCAGUUUGGCACAUUUUUAGGAAAUUGUGAAAGAGAAAGAAAAGAAUUGGAGUUAUCCAAGAGAACAUAUUCACUGUGGGGUUAYAUGUGGCAGAAUAUCAGUGAUUAUGCUAACCCACUCUACAGAGAAGCUGAUGAUAUCCUAUGGCCUGACACAUCUCCACAGUCUAUCAAGUUUUGGAGAGCUAUGUAUAAUCGUUUUGACAAUGAUAUUCACCCGCGGGAAUCCUUAAUGGAUUCACUCAGUAGCAUAAUUGACCAUAAUGAUUCAUUACAGGACCACAUCAAGCUACUAGAGAAGCGAAUAGAAUUAUUAAAGAAAAUAAAGACUCAUAAAUCAACUUCAGUAACAAAUGGACCAGCAACGUCAAGUACAAAUUCACCAACAUUAGAAAGUGUUGAACCCAACACUGACUCAAUGAAUGCUUUAAGUAUAAACAGUGAUGUCACACCAUCAAAAGAAGAAGAGACAAAAGAAGGGGCAAAACAGGUUAAUUCUGAAGCGUUACCACCAGAGAUAACUACUGCUUUGAAACGUCAAGGCAUGCAAUUAAAAGACUUAUUAACAGAUGUUCCAUCUCUUGCGGUUCAGUGGAAGUCUGUCAGGGAUGUGUCGCAGUGUUCUUCUUGUGCUGCACCUAUUGCUUUCUUAGAUAGAAAGUAUCAUUGUUGGAACUGUGGCGAAGUUUUCUGUCGACGAUGCAUUGACAGACAGUGCUCUUUACCAGCGCACUACUCCGAAAACAGGGUACCAGUAUGCAAAAAGUGUUACAAACAAAUACAAGGCUGAGAACACACAGCUGAGAAAAUUUGUAGAAAUUUGGUAUCACUCUCGAAUUAUUUCCACUUCAAGCAUUCAACAAAACAGUAAAAAUACUUCAGACUCAGGGCUUGAAAUAGCAGGCUACCUAUGGCUGAAAUGUAAGCCAACCAAUUAAUAUUACUAAUAGCAAAUAUUGCAAAUAUCAUUGUGAUUGAGAUUUGCUAUUGAAAAUGAACAGAAUUGUAACAAUCUUCGAUUUCCCGAUACAAAAAAGUCAUUAUUUUUGAGAAUAAAUUGUAAGUUAAAAUGUAUUAGAAAUAAUAUUUUGGAAAAAUGAGUUUCAUUUUUAACUAGUGCACAUUUCUUCACAGUUGAAUUAGAAAUGACUUCUUUGAAAAGCAAGUAAUCUUAAAAUCAAUUCAAGAAUUUUUUCUGAAAAACACUUGUUGGAGCAGUUUUUAUGUCUGUGUGAGCUUUACAACAUACAGUAAUAAAAGAUCUGCUGUCUAUGUAUACUAAAUUUCCAGAAACUCUGGAUCCAUACCACCUCUUUACUAGAUGGGAUUGAAAUCUCCAAGGGGAAGGAUUGAGUAUAUCAUCUUUAUCAUUUUAUGAAAAUGUCUAGCACAGGUGUCCGCGGGAAGGAAUACAUGCCAUGUUCAACCCUAUUUUGAGGAGGUAUGGGUAUUUUCUGGAAUGUUAURGAAUGUUAUGGUAUACAACAGCUUUAUUUGAUGUUGACUUAUUUAAACAUUGACCAUUGAUGGCUCCACACUACACCAUAACACAUCACCAUACAACACCUGACUAAAGUACAAUACAUCAUACCAUACCACUACUAACAGUAAAUCAUAACACGUCACCACACUUACAGUACAUAUACCACACUAUACCACAACAAACCUUACCAUGUCAUACUACACAACACCACACUAGAGUACAGUACAUAUAUACCCUUCUACACAACACCACAUCACCUCAACAUACUAUACCAUACAACACUAAAGGGUACAGUACAUUAUACCACAUCAUACUACACCACACCACACUAAAGUACAGUUUGUAUUUACGUUUCUACACAACACCACGUCACUACAACACACCAUACCACACAACACUAAAGGGUACAGUACAUUAUACCACAUCAUACUACACCACACCACACUAGAGUACAGUACGUAUUUACUUUUCUACACAACACCACGUCACCACAACACAACACAACACUAAAGGGUACAGCACAUUAUACCACACUACAACACUCAACACAACACUACCCCACAACACAUUACAACAUAGCUGAGACAAGAUUAGGCAAAAAUGGCAUUUUUUAAAUAAAUAUUCUUAUCACAUAACUUGAUAGACCCAUCCAGCUUAGGCACAAACAUCUUUUCCCAUUUUGGACCAUGCAAUAUUCCCUUACAGAAAACAAUUCAUGGGGGAAGGGGAGGGGGUUUGUAUUCUGUAAUGUGUUUUCUCAAGUGUUAAAAUAAACAAAGAUAAAGUACCUAA